AUGUGGGUCAUCGGGAAGAUCAGGGAGCGCGUGGAGAGCAUCCCUUUGGAGCUGAAUCGCUACAUGGGAAACAGUGAAGACGUCUUCUUUCAGCCCAAGACCAGCAGCCUCUCUCAGAGUGUACACAGCAACAUCAUCACACCGGACAACAUCCCCAAUUUCUGCCUGCCUCCGCGGCUUUGCAAGCGAAGUCCACCGCCAGAAGAUCAACCAAACCCAAACAGUCAAAACCCCAAGAGCAGCACAUCUUCAGCAGCCGCACAACCAAAGAUGAAGGACGUGAAGUCAAAGAAAGAGGAUGCCUCAGAGCCUUGGAAGGUGAUAAAGAAACCUCUGCCGUUCUCUGCAGAGGGUUAUGGCCUGGCUGGGAUUUAUGAGAGCCCCAACACUCGACGGAAGGAGUCUUUGUUCCACUCAAAAGCUCCUGGGUUCAUGUUUGACAGAAGCAUCGCUGCUAUGGCAUCAGGGGAAGCCAAAGAGAGAACCCCACCCAAGAAAACAUUUUCUGGGUUUCUCCCACUGUUCUCAUGCAAAAGCCUUUCAGAAACAGGCAAUGCAGAAGGUGGAACUCCUUCCUCUGCUGAAUCUUUGCCUUUCUGUUCCUCCUACAGCAUCAAACCGUCCAACUGUAGUCCAACGAGAAGUGGUUGUCUUAAAGAAACUAAAUCCUGUCCUUCAUUACUCAACAGCUUCAGUUUAGCCUCUCCCUACAGCCCUCCAACCACAGAGAGAGACUCCCUCAACCUGUCUCCACCCGUCCUCCUCCCGUUGGACACCCUGCAGUGUCAGGAGAGACUUCAGCUUGAACACGUCCUCCCCUUGCAGGGACGAGGCAUGGUUCGACUCUCCGCCGAGCAAACCGCCUUCUCAGGCAACACUUUCUGCACAGUCAGGGUGCGCCUGGUGUGUGUGGAAGGGCUGAGCGAUGAUGAAGCUGACCGACAAGCCUUGAACUGCACCGUGAGUCUGUGCCUGACGCCAGGGAAGCUGCAGCAGCAGGAGAGCGCCACCGUCAGAAACUGCUGGAGGCCCGUGUUCAACGAGGAUUUCUUCUUCACGGAGCUGAGGCACAAAGAUCUGCAGGAGCUGCAGCUCAGGCUGAAGGUGGUGAAUAAACCUGCCGCUGGAACACUGAGGAGGGGGAAAGUGAUUGGAACUGUUACUAAACCUCUCAUCCAGUUACUUCCAGUUCAGAAACACACAUAA